AAUUGUCCUGAAGUGGAGGUGUAGAAGCUGGCCUGAUGAACAUUACGCAAGGGUUGCCUUGACGUUCAAGGACAGGGCUGCUCAAACGGAACUGCAGCUGGAGUGCCAAGGAGUUCCCCUCCCUAGUGAAGACAGCACAAGGCAGUGUUGGAAGCAGCAGUACUUCGACGAAACACGUGUUUUACUGCAGCCAUCCAAGGACAGGACGGAAUGA